CGCGCCCGGCCGGGCCACGCCACUGGGCCACGCCACUGCUGCCUGCCGCGAUCCCGGAGCGGCGCCGGGGCGGGCAGGGCAGCUCCGAUGUUCAGAGGAAGUCAAGGCAGACAAACUCCAAACCGGGCCCCUGGGAACGAUUCCGACCAGCCCGCCUAGGAGAAUCGCUGCUUCUUUCUCCAGACCUCUUUUCUCAGACCGCUCCUGGGGAAGGGACCUUCAAGUGAUGAAGUGCUUGGAUGAGUACUGCUGGCUGCAGAUGAGGACAAGGUGUAACCGAGAAGCCGAGGUUGGCAUUCCUAGAUAGACGUGGAUGGAUGGUUCCUUUGCUGCUGACUUUGGUCAACAUCCCCAGCCCACCCCCUCCCAGGUGCCCUCCUUGGAGCUGGGAACCCCGAUGUGCUUCCAAUGCCUGAGCGGGCUUUCCAGGAGGCCCAGUGGAUCUGAUUGCAGAAGUUACUGAGGCCAAGCAAGCCUGGCCCCCACCAUGAGUGCCGAGCUCAACGUCCCCGUGGACCCCUCCACCCCGGCCUGCCCUGAGCCCGGCCACAAGGGCAUGGAUUACCGCGACUGGGUCCGCCGAAGCUACCUGGAACUGGUCACCUCCAACCACCACUCAGUGCAGGCCCUGUCCUGGAGGAAGCUCUACCUGAGCAGGGCCAAGCUGAAGGCCUCCAGCAGGACCUCGGCCCUCCUCUCGGGCUUCGCCAUGGAAGCCAUGGCGAGGAGCAGCCCUGCCCACCUGGCCCCACCCCCCACUGUGCCUCAACAGGUGGCCAUGGUGGAGGUGCAGCUGGAGACGCAGUACCAGUACCCACGGCCGCUGCUCAUCGCCUUCAGCGCCUGCACCACGGUGCUGGUGGCCGUGCACCUGUUCGCCCUGCUCAUCAGCACCUGCAUCCUGCCCAACGUGGAGGCCGUGAGCAACAUUCACAACCUCAACUCCAUCAGCGAAUCGCCGCACGAGCGCAUGCACCCCUACAUCGAGCUGGCCUGGGGCUUCUCCACCGUGCUGGGCAUCCUGCUCUUCCUGGCUGAGGUGGUGUUGCUCUGCUGGAUCAAGUUCCUUCCCGUGGAUGCCAGGCGCCAGCCUGGCCCCGCGCCAGGCUCCGGGGGCCACACAGGCUGGCAGGCUGCGCUGGUGUCCACCAUCAUCAUGGUGCCCGUGGGCCUCAUCUUCGUGGUCUUCACCAUCCACUUCUACCGCUCACUGGUGCGCCACAAGACAGAGCGCCACAACCGGGAGAUCGAGGAGCUUCACAAGCUCAAGGUGCAGCUGGACGGGCACGAGCGCAGCCUGCAGGUGGUGUGAGGGCCGCGCAGUCGCCUGGGAUGGCACCACCCGCUGUAGCAGAACGGCCGCGGCAGGGCUUCCAGAAACGCAGAUGCUCGCCAGGCUGCUGGACGCGGCCAGGCAGGCCCCGACCAAAGUCUUACUCUUGUCUCGAUGCCAAAAUAACCCGGAAGCCGGGGCCGGCCCCUCAGAACAUGGCACUGCAGUGACGUGGGAGGCUGGGUUGCCAAGAGCUGUGGGCAGAGGAAGCCCACGUGUCCCCUCAUGGGCUCUGUGCAGCACAGUGAGCAGAGAGUCUCGGAGACCAGAACCUGUGGCCGGCAGGGCCAGGGUCGUGGGUUCAGACGCAGAACUCAUGGCCACCUGCCAGUGCAUGGCUCCCUGCGGUUGGACAGGGCUGGGCCACUGAAGGGCACAGCACUCGGCUUGGCUUGGUGCUUUCCUCCUGGCCCAGGAAGGAGUGGGGCGGCCUGGCGGGGGCAGGAAGUGGGAGCCUGGAGCACACGUCGGCCCCGCAGGCGUGGGUGCUGCUGGGGUGAGGCUGCAGGGCCUACGGGAGACUUCCCAGGCCCAGGCCCCGUUCCUCGGGCAGGUCAGUGUCUGUGGGCAUCCUGCAUGAUGCCCUGCUAAGAAGCUGAGUUCACUGGGGGCUCCAAGGCAUGCCAGGCUCAGGCGGUCUUUGCCAGCAGCCUGGAGCCUGGCCACACUGAUUCACUGAGGCCACCAGAAGGGGAAAAGGCCCCUACCUGUCCAGAGGCUCCACCUCUUGACCACAAGAGGCCUGAGCCAGAAUGAGCCGCUGCUUUGGGCUGCAUUAGCAGCAGGCUGGGCACCGGAGCCAUCCUGGCCUCCUGUGGCCCCGAGUGCUGAGAGGAGAUAGCCUGGGGUGUCAGCAUGGCCACUGACCCUGCUGGGCCUGUAGCAACCCAGUGUGGCCUCCUUGUUAGGACACUGAGCAGCCACAGGGACGGCAAGGGCCCCAGUGCACCCCUGCUGGGCCCGCCAGGCCUUGGGGACACAGAUUCCUUCCCUGUUUACACACUGUGCAGUGUGGGGCUGGCGUCACCAAGGCAUCUGGUAGACCCUGCCCACGCCUGGGAUGGCGUGCUCGUCAGUGCUACUGCAUGAGCUCCCGUGGCACGCACAGCACCUGAGCUGCUCUGAAACCAUGUUUACCCCCUUUCCAGCAGCAGCCUGGAGAGGGGCGCCUCGUCUCUCGUGCUGUACAUAAACGGCCACUGGCUUCGUGUUCUGUUUACCUUCCCUAACAGCUUACUGUGGGCUCUGGGCCGGGCUGUGGGUCCUGGAGGGCCUGGUGAGGUCUCUGGAAAAGAGACAUGCUAUUGAGAAUGGAAUCCUUGACACACAGUUCUGAGAUGCUAAGGGGCCGUUGGGAAUCUGCCCAGGGAGCCUGAACACAGUGUCCCCUGCGCAGAGGGUGCCACCACCCCUACAGGCAUCUCUGCUCCCCUGGAGCCCUGCUGAGGAGGCCCUCGUGUUUGCUCUGCUCACGGUGUGGGCAUCACUGCAAGAUGCUGCUCACGUCCUGGCAGGGGUGAGACGGGCUGGCCCUUCUGAAUGAGCGGCUUCCAGACCUGGGAGGGCCAGAGGGCUUUUUCUCUGGCUGGAGCCUUUUGAGGCUCCUGAUGCCACUUUCCAGAGCCAUCUGGUACCCCUGCCCCCAGGACACCCAGCUCCUCAGGCUGGGCUACGCCUGCUGCAGUGCUGGUGGGGCAGGUGCUACCCUGGUCCACAGGCAGUGCUGGCCUGGCAGCCCAGACACCAGGUGCCCGUGCUGUCCUCGCGGUGCCUGUUCUGACUUGGGGCGAACAGCCUCUGAGGGAAGAGAGAUGACCCUGCGGGAGGGGAACCUCAGGGCUGCCCUGAGCUUAUCCCAAGAUGGGGGUAACCUACCAUUGGGAGUGGCACAGAAACCUCAGUGUGGCAGGCUGGAGGAUGGGGGGACAAUCAGGCUACAACCUCAGUUUCUGGAGGCGUAACCUGAUUUUGCAGAGUGUAGCCUCGGCCUGGUGACAGGCAGUGGGGCCACCCUGGAGCCAGCAUAGGCUUGCCCUGGUUUUGUUUAGCGUCCUUCCUGGUGCUGAGCCAAGAGCCACAGGCACACCAGGCCCUGUGCAGUGAGGGCCGCACGCCCCUGGCCGGUGCGAGGUGCAGGGUGUUUCUGGUGUAGAAGGGCAAAGGCUGGUGUCAUUAGUAUGUUCUCCGAAGGUCUGUCGAGGACAGACUGCGUGAGCCAGGUGGGUGGAGGCUCACCGCAGCCAGCGUUGAUGCCACUGGUUACAUAUGUGUGAUGCUUGCGCAGAUCAUGCAAGGUGGCCUAACUGUCCUGUGCGUGGAUUUUUAACGGUCACCCUGGAUUGGAUGGAAUAAACCAGUAAAGCUGCUCCAA